GGUCGCCUAGCAACCAGCAAUUUCGGGCCUAGCGCUGCCCCUCGCCUCACAAAAGCCUAGGAAAAGUUUCCCCCUCAGAAAAAAAAGGAAACAAAUGAAAAAGCAUAGUGCUUUCAACACAGCUGGCAUGGAGGACAGGCCUAUUGACAAUAAUGCCUGUUCCUCACAUUUGCGUCUGCUUCUUGGGCAUACUAAUGUAUGAUGUUGGGAAUUCUGGUACUUCAGAACUUUUGACUACAGCAAUAAUGACCCAUGCAAAGUCUCAAACUCUAAAAAAGAAUUUAUAUGCCAUUAAUGUUCCUGACCCAUUGAAAUAUCGUAGUCCUGACACAUUCCGCAUGCAUAUCACUGUUAAUCCAAGGAUUCUACCUUGUGUAGUUGGUGUAGCAACAGGAAUUCAAGAAACAAGAUCAUCUACAAAAAUUGCAAGUUAUCCCGUCGUAGAAAGAAAGGCACAUGCCAACAAAGAGAACAAUUUUCUGGGAACAUACAAAACCCUACAAAAGGAAAAUCUGCAACUGAAGCAUUCUCUAAAAGAGAAGGAUUCAAUAAUAACAAGAUUAAUGAGAAUAAUCGAAGAACAGGUUACCAAGUAUAAUACAGCAAUUGCGUUAGAAAAAGAACAUCAGAAAGAGACUGCAAGACGACUGGAGGAAUCAGAAUCUUUAAUCAAGGAACAGAUCCAGCUGCUUGAUGAAACAAUAAGACAUUAUACAAAAAUCAUUCAAGAACAGCACACUCAGCAUGCAGAGCUGGUGUCGGAAAUAAAAAAGCAGAAUGAGGCCGAUAUAAAGUGCAGGGAAGAAAAGAUUGCCAAGCUGAAGCAAUACAUUUCUGAGACCUUCCAAGAAAAAUCCCGUGAACAUCAACAAGAGAUCAAUGAACUGACGAGAGAAAUAAAUAAAUUCACUGAGAAAUCACACAUUGUUAAAAGUUGAAUAGGAAUCACUUCAAAAAAGAUGCAAUGCAAGAAAUGAAGCUAAAGAAGCACCUAAACAUCUGUAUAAGAACAUGGCUACACACUGAGAAAACUAUGUUGUGUUAUGUAACUGAUUGCUGGUUUAAUUAAAAAGCAAAG